AUAUUAAUGGAAUGCGUUGUGUUCCUUAAAAUGGAAAAGAAAAAGGGAUUGCUUACUCUCGGACACGUCUUCACUUAUGCUUAAUCAAGUGAGGGUUCCAUUCAAGUAAUAAAACAACAUUACGGGAGCACCAUCUUCAAAACUUGUCGAGUCGAUCAAUCAGCUGGCACCAAGUAGUACCAACCAAGCCAAUGUGCCAACACUCCAACACCCUUCUGCACUUCCUCCGCCACGUCUCCUUCCCGCCGGACGCGCACCUCCUGCCGUCCGCGCUCAAGUCAUGCCCCGCGCAGCCCCUCGCCCGCGCGCUCCACGCGGCCGCCGCGGUCUCCGGCCUUGCGGAGGAUCCCUUCGUCGCCUCCUCGCUCCUCCACACCUACCUCCGCCUCGGAGCCACCAGCGACGCCCGCGGUGUGUUCGAAAGAAUGCCGGACAAGAGUGUCGUCGGCUGGGGCGCACUCAUCGCCGGUUACUCUGCACGAGGCGACGCCGAGGCCGCGUGGGGCCUUCUGGAGCGGAUGCGGAGCGCCGGCAUGGAGCCAAAUGUGAUCACCUGGAAUGGACUGGUUUCCGGGCUGAACCGGAGCGGCAGCGCCCUCAAUGCUGUCAAGGCACUUGUGAGGAUGCACGGGGAAGGGUUCUUGCCGGACGCCACCGGUGUCUCGUGUGCACUCUCUGCGGUCGGGGAUGUGAAAGAGGUCUCGGUUGGCGAGCAGCUGCAUGGAUAUGUGGUGAAGGCAGGGUGCAGGCUAGAUCAACAUGUGGUCACUGCGCUCAUCGACAUGUACGGCAAGUGUGGGCGUGCCGAUGAGAUUUCUCACGUGUUCCAUGAGUCCAGCCACAUGGAUGUUGCUUCCUGCAACGCUCUCGUCGCUGGGCUCUCUCGGAACGCCCAGGUCUCUGAGGCAUUGUUGUUGUUCAGCGAGUUUGUUAGCCGAGGAGUCGAGUUGAAUGUUGUGUCCUGGACCUCGAUUGUUGCCUGCUGUGUGCAGAAUGGGAAAGAUUUGGAAGCGGUGGAUCUUUUCAGGAAGAUGCAGUCAAAAGGGAUCGAGCCGAAUUCAGUCACGAUACCCUGCGUACUGCCAGCAUUUGCCAAUGUUGCUGCUCUUAUGCAUGGCCGGUCAGCACACUGUUUUUCUCUUAGGAGGGGAUUUCUUCAUGACGUUUACGUUGGCAGUGCGUUGGUGGACAUGUAUGCAAAGUGUGGCAAGGUCAGGGAUGCGAGGACGAUCUUCGAUGCAAUUCCGUCUAAAAAUACGGUUUCGUGGAAUGCGAUGAUUGGUGGCUAUGCAAUGCAUGGGGAGGCUGCAAAUGCUGUGCAGUUGUUCUGUUUGAUGCAGAAGUGCAAACAGAAGCCCGACCUAGUCACAUUCACCUGUGUCAUUGGUGCCUGUGGCCAAGCUGGCCUGACAGAGGAGGGGCGUCGCUACUUCAAUGAAAUGCAGCAUAGUCAUGGCAUUUCCCCUAGGAUGGAGCAUUAUGCAUGUAUGGUUACUCUGUUAGGACGGGCUGGCAAGCUUGAUGAGGCAUACGAUCUCAUAAAUGAGAUGCCAUUUGAGCCAGAUGGUUGUAUUUGGGGGUCCUUGCUGGGCUCCUGCAGGGUUUAUGGAAAUGUGUUCCUGGCCGAAGUCGCAGCAGAAAAGCUAUUUGAACUAGAGCCAGAAAAUACCGGCAACUAUGUCCUGCUUUCCAACAUUUAUGCGUCUAAAAAAAUGUGGGACGGGGUAAACAGAGUGAGGGAUCAGAUGAAGAAUAUGGGAUUGAAGAAAGAAAAGGGUUGCAGUUGGAUAGAGAUCAAGAACAAGGUGCACAUGUUGUUAGCUGGUGACAAUUCACACCCCAUGAUGACUGCGAUAACGGAGAAACUAAAGCAGCUUACCAUUGAGAUGAGCAGGCUGGGCUUUGCACCGAGCACAGAUUUUGUCCUACAUGAUGUGGAAGAACAAGAAAAGGAUGAUAUCCUUGCUGUGCACAGUGAAAAACUGGCUGUUGCAUUGGGCCUCAUAAGCACGAGCCCAGGAACACCCCUCCGGGUGAUAAAGAACCUCCGGAUUUGUGGCGAUUGCCACGAAGCAAUGAAGUUCAUAUCAUGUUUUGAGGGGAGGGAGAUAUCUGUUAGAGACACCAACAGGUUUCAUCACUUCAAGGAUGGGAAAUGUUCUUGUGGGGAUUACUGGUGAUUUUGCCUGCCUUGACUUACUGUCUUUUCAACAACUUGGUGUAGAACGUGAAUGAGCAUGCAUGUCCCCCUACCUUACGGUGGAUAUUGUUUUCAUGAGGUAAUGUAAAAUUAUUUUAUGAAAAGUAAGAAACAGAAUCCAACAUGCGGACCUGUGCACUAUAUGCAGAGCCAAAGAAAAGUUCACUCCUGUGCUAUGUGAUGUCUCCAGUUGCAAUUUCAGUUUUCUUAAUACCAUGUUGCUACUAUUUUCGUCAGUCUCAGUUUUAUUAGCUAAUCAUUCUGAUCUACAACACACCAUUAUCUGGUGUUUUCCAAAGGAGAACUUUAUUUCAACUCUACACACAGUCCUGUCUACACGCCACCAUGGGCUUCACCUUGAGUUAGUUGUUUUAUCUAGAGACUGAUUGGUAUCCAAGCAAGGUCUAAUUUCCUAGUCAAGUUCUUAGUUAUAUAUGGAAUUUGUUUUUGUAUAACCCUAUGAAUUUUGUAGUCGUUCAACCUGCAGAUUUCAGAAAUACAUUGGAGAGACUCAGUUGGAACUUGGAGUUGAUAUUAAUUUUGUAAAUGGUUGAAAUGAUUAAAUCCAUGGAAGUGAGACACAUCAGCUUUCGGAGGAUGCAUCAAAUAGAAAAAAAGAAAUUGUGGCGGGAACUUUCAUGAUUUUGAUGGAUCAUUCUACUAUAGUAGGGUUCUUAAGUGGGAUAAGAUUAUCACAUUCACUACUGUUGACACGUAGAUAUAUACUUUAAGGAUUAUACUGAUCAAACAGCUUGUUUGUUUCUUCACUGAUGCCAUCAAUCCAAGCAGGAAAUUUAAGCUUGACUUUGGCGAAGCAUUCAAUAUUAUCGAGCACGACGACGAUCAUCAGAGUCAUGGAGCAUAUGGGCUUUGAUGGGAGGUGGAUUGGAUGGAUUAAAUCCGCCCUCUCCACUGGUACUUCCUCUGUCCUACUUAAUGGUGCCCCGGGGAGGGAAUUUUUCAAGCUAUCAUCAAUAAGGCUUGUCACCAUAACCUGCUUCAGCUCCCCCUUCCAGGAGAAAACAAUAAGCAGCCAUGCCUUACAAGUUACAACACGAGGGUGUUACAGAGUAGGGGAAAAGAAAAACAAGGAAAGAAAGCUUUAGUCUGGUUCUGGUUCUGGUUCUGGUUCUGGGGUAUUUUCAGUGUCCGACAUCAAAUGUAUGGAAAGCGCCAGUUGAGAAAUAUCUUGCUUGAUCAGAUGAAGAACCUCCAGCUCAGGAAGGUGGCGCGUCUGGAAUACCCUGCGAUUCCGUUCCUUCAUAUAUUCCAGCAGGUGUAUAUGGCAGUGGUGAUAAGCUCUGGAUCCAAAGUGCAUGUCAGGUCGUUCCAUCAAGCUUCAGAGGAGGUUGCGUUCUCAGCGUUGUGAGUGAGAGCAGGGCAGUUAGUCCAGUUGGCAACCAACAUCCAAAUGGAUCGCGAGAAGGUGCAUCUCAGGAUCAUAUGGAAAAAGGAGUCCCAUCCUCUUGAUUGCAUAGGUGGUAAAAUUCGCUGUGUGGGAUCCCCUUGAUGGCGAGGUUGUCAUUCGUAAGAAUCCUUCCGCACAGUCAGAGCCACAUGAAGAGUCGGCAUUUGCAUUCAACUUUGCAGCGCCAAAGCUUGUCGAAUCGGGAUGUUGAGUAGGAGCCCAGGAACUGAGAGCGGUAGGCAGAGCUAGCUGAAUAAACCUUUGAGGUGGUAAGAUUCCAGCAGAUAGAGUCGUCGAUCUCCGGCUGCAAAUGGAUUUGCUGCAGCUGCAACCAAAGGGCAGUGAAUUGCCUUAGUUGCAAGGGAGACUUGAUGCGCUGGAGGCCUGACAUCCAUCUCUGGGAUUUGAUUGCGUCACCACCGCGACGUUUUUCCUUGAGCACAGAAUGAAGAGGUCCGGUGCCAAAUCCUUAGGGAGCAGCCGUUGAGCCACUGGUCAUUCCAAAAGGAAACCCUUGUGCCAUUGUGAAUGGAGAUGGAAGUGGAGGCGCGGAACAGAGCAAGAUCAUCCUUCUCACAGGGAAUAUGAGAGCCUAGCCAUGGUCUCUGUCCGCCAUCCAUUCGAGCCAUUUCCAUCGAAGCCUGAGCGCCCUGCCAAAACGUUUGAUAUCCAUGAUGCCCAACCUGCCCAUGUCUUUAGGUCGACAGACGGUGUUCCAGUUAACCAGGGCCAAACCGACAGCUGCGACCGGCUUAGACCACCAGAGGAAGUUCGUGCGCAGCUUGUCAAUUUGCUUAAUGACCCAAGAAUCAAGCUUGAAGACCGUGAUCAGGUAAGUUGGGAUAACAGACAACACCGAGUUCACCAACCGCAGUCGUUCAUCACUGUUGAGAAGCUUUCCUUUGCACUUCUGCAGUUUUGCAGCUAUUUUUAUCUAGGACCGGUUGUAUUUCAGCUCACGUGAUCUUCCUGAAGUAAAGUGGUAGUCCAAGGUACUUGCAUGGGAAUUGCAUGACAGGAAAGGACCUUAGCAGUUGGGGAGAUCAAUGUUGUCGCAACGAAUUUUGAACAACCCACUCUUGUCCAGGUUGGCAACUAGCCCUGAAAUGGCGCCGAACUGAAGCAACAAUUGCUUGGUAACAAGAACAUCUUCAGGCAUGGGAGUGAUAAACAGCGCUGCAUCAUCCGCGUGAAGGCUCAGGCGCGGAUUCGACGGAGGGAGGUUGAGGGGAGCCAGAACUCCAUCAGCAUGAGCUUUCGCGAACAUCCAGUGCAGGGGGUCAAUGACCGAAGUGAACAACAUGGGAGACACAUACAAGAACUCCAUCAGUAUGCCCAAUACUUUUCUCACAUACAAGCCUCUGCUCGUUUCAACUGGAUUUGGUCCUCUAAAUGUUCUGCCAAGCUAAAGGGUUUUGCAUGGCUCCUUCUCAAUGAAAGAUUAAACAUGAGAGAUGCUACAAAGAAAAAGUUUCGGGUCACAGAUAAUCACAGUAAUGAAGUAACUCUGCUAUAUCUUCGGCUCAGAUGAGAUCCUUGAAUCUAGUGACCGUAUUUUAAGACUGUCCCUUCAGUCAGGAAUGUUGAUACAAAACUGGCAUCUCCCUCAGCCACAGCAGCAUAGUUAACUUUGCUAUAUCUUCGGCUAAAGCUGCUUUUGCCAGACCAUUCUUCAUGGAGAUAUAUCACAGCUGCCUGAUGUAUUUAGAAACAAAUGAACACAAAGAUUUUUGGCAACAUUUGGGUCUAGCAUUUGCUCCAAGUUUCGGUUCUUCAAGAAAGGUUGUCUCCUCACCUUUAGGAUGUCUUCAGAACAGCUCAUCGUUUAUAAUUAAAUUAUCAAUGUUUGAGUACUCAUUACAGUAAGUUCUUAAUACUAUAGUUUUCCAUUUCCAAUCGAAGUUGAUUGGCUUGUUUGAGCAUCUUAUCAGAAAGUUAUGAUUGAACCAUCCAUUUUUAACAUUUUAUUUUCAGGAAACCAUUUUAUUGACUUUGGCCAUAGAUUUUUUAUGACUUCCACUCCCCAUUGCCUAAAACUUUGUUGUUGGAACGGAGGGAGUAUAUGCCACUUUUACCUUAUCCUGUCAGCAAUGUAAUUAUCUUCAGAUUCCUGGAUAUCUCUUGUGAAGCUUCCAAAAAAUCAUUUGGAAAUUUA